AAAUUGUUAUUAUUAUAUUAUAAUUAUUUAUCCUCUGUUUCUUGUUUCAGAGAUGCCCGAGCAGCGGCACGUCACGUGAUACGGUGCGGGCAGGCGCGGGCAUGUCGGCGACCGACGGGCAAAUCGCCGCGUCGGCGCUACGGUGGGCCGACGAAGGGCAGCCGCUGCGGGAGUUCGUGGCGGGCAGACGGCUGCCCGCACCGCUCAAGAUAGUCAAGGGCCAGUACGCAGGUCUAGGUGUCCCUACGCUGCCCAACCCGGGGCUACAGAGCACGGCGUUGAUUGUUUCCGUGGGCAGACGGAAGAAGAUCCUUGCUCAGGCUGUCAAGGUGAAGGAGGGUCGUCGGCUAUCUUCAGUAGGUCCCCGCCUGCUGAUCCCGGACAGCUACAACGGGUACUUUGAACUGCUGAGCGAGGAUGGUAGGGCUGUGAGGUGCAUCGAGAGUGUAGCUGACCUCGCAAGGCGGCGACCUGAAGAGGGCUGUUUGGUCAGAGAGACUGUGAGGGGUGUUCAGGCGAGGGUAGAACCCGAUAAUACUGUGGUUGCUGAGGGGGCCAGGACAAUACCUGCAGGGGAGAUACUGGUACCGAUGGGUGAAACAACUUUGGCCGGCUCAAAAGGCCGAUACCUGAAGUGUGUCGAUUCAAAAGGAGACACACUUCUUCUGGGCAUGGAACAGAGAGGAAGAUUUUCCGCGUUAGCAAGAGAAGAUAACAUAUCAGGUGUUCAUACGGCGAAGAAUCUUCUUAGCAAAAGACUGCCGAUUACUGUAAGGCUAGUCCACGGCACCGCGCCUCGCGGCCUCAAGUCCCCGGGCCACUUCGUACCCGAACUCCGCCUACUCUCCGUGCUAGAAGAAGAACACGUGUUCGCAUUACCACUGCAGCGCGAAUCGCAGUCGGUGACGGCGCUACCUCUAACGGCACCCUUAAAAGUUAUGAGGGCCAGAAAUGAAGACCAAGUGAGGAUGACGCCAGAGUUCCAGCGGCUGGCGGAUCGGGCCCAACGACUGGCGAACGACGUAGCGGAUCGGAUACAGGCUCUGGAUGGGAAGGUGGCGGAUACCAAAAAAGGGCAUGAUCCGAGAAAUGGGUACCUCCUUCGUCGCAGCGCCUCCUCCGACUCGGCAAAUCAUCGGACCUCAAAACACUCAUCAAACAGCCAUUCGCACCACCACAGACGAGGAGACGACGUCGGCCGCGUGCCCGUGCUGUCCAAAGACUACGAAGAGAUCGACCAGAUCUACGACUACGUGCGAGGCUUCGCGCCUCUCCCUAAGAGCAUCAGGUCUCCCUUUUCAGAUGCUUCCCCCUCUAUAACUUCGCAUAGCUCCGCUCCUGCGGAUCCAGCAAAACCGGAACCGCCCCCCAUAGAGACCAUCCCCACCAAGAAGAUGCAGGCGGAGAAACGGAACAGAAAAUCGGCGUCGAUCAGGGAGAACCCGCCCAAGAUCACCGAUAAGGUACCUCCUGGGUUGCCGAAGCUGUAUGUCAAGAAUUCGCAUUCUCAACGAAGCAGGCUGCUGAGGCAAAAAUCCGCCUCCCCAAUGAAAGAAACCCCACCAAGUCCGAUCUCAAAAUCCGGCUCUCCUCUCUUCAACAUCCGCUACAAAUCGCUGAACAACCUCCAGCAAGCUAUGGAGUUAGAUGGCACUCUAGAUUCGAGCAACUCGGGAGGUCGCGCUUCAGGCGAUUCCGUAGGUCAGAAACAGCCCGAGAAGAGGUCCAGGAAGCUCUCUAGGCCCAGGAGUCUCACUAAUUUAGUUUGGGAGAUCCGGGAGCAUCCCGACAUCUCCAUGCCUGUGGUGGAGAAGAAGAAGAUUGACCCGGCGGCCAUAUUGUAUAAGAAGCACUCUAAGUACUCGGUGAGCAGUCAGCGGAGAGGUACGCUGUACUUGUAAGUGUCUUGGGGGCGGACGAUGGUCGAUCUGUACCUGGUUAUUGAUUCUGUGGUCCUUCUUCCUUGCUAUUGUUGUUGGUGACCAUUAUGCUUGAAGGCCUUUGUCAAUAUCUUCGUGAAUGACCUCAGGAUUUUGUUGGAUCUAUACUUCUAUACUGCGGUUUUGUGCACAUUGACACAGUGUGUAAUUUCAGGUUCUCUCCGGUAUUUAUUUUUUGAAAGGGUAAAGUUAGCAAACCGAGACUCGUGAUGCUGAUUAUUGCAUGAAUGAUAUAUUUCAGCGUGACAGUUAAACAUUUCAAGAUGGUUGUAGGGCGUCAUCUUGAUCAAGUUUUUUAAAGCUCCCUAUGAUUAAUUUAUAUUUUAAAAUAUAAAUCCUUUAGAAUGACGGACAGUUGGGCUAUCAAAUUUGAGCAUUAUUAUACAUUAAUUUGCUUAUAACUGGACAACCAAUCAUAAAGCCACGACUUAUUUUAUGUUAUACUAAUCUUUUUUCUUUAACAGAAUUAUCUGGAUGUAUAGCAAAACAUUCAAAAAAAGAUGUCAAAAUAUUUUUUUUAACUAAUACUUUAUUGUAGAUCCUUUUGGAGUACGAAGAUUUAUAUCACACACUAUAGCGUGUUUAUGACUAGAGUUGUUGGGUUAUAAGUAAUUUAAUGUACAUAAAUGAUAAACCUUUUUCUACCCGCCAAACCGUCAUUUCGAAAUAUAGUAAAUUUACAUUCUAGGGUUAUGAAGCACUCAUAUGGAACUUCAAGGUGAGGUAUCGCAAAAAAGUGUCCAAGCUGGCAACCAGCCACAAUCUUAAAUUUUUAACUAUCACUUUCACGCUAGAAUAUGGUGUCUAUGAAUCAAUUUCAUCAUUUCUACUUUCAACUCACCAACAUUACCCUUUAAAAAAAUAGUUAGUAUGGGACCUUUUUGAAAAGCACUGUAUAGAAGAUAACAGUGUUUCUAAAAGUUAUCAAUGUGGUAAAUCAUCUACGAGUCAUCUGUGUAUCCUAAAAUAGCCUUAUAAUCCUCAUGACUUUUGUUUGUUUUGCUUUUGUGGCUCCUUGUAGAGCUUUCCAUAAAAUUUUAACAACUUUGGUCUACGUCAAAUAAUUGAGUCUAUCUAUUUAACGAUGCAGCAUAUCUUUCCAAUAAUGAAUAACCUUGAACAAAUUGCCUUUCAAGGUAGUUUGGUGGAAAAAAGAUAUUCCACAACGUGUAUGUUUUUUUUUGAAGAUUUAUGCAUUAUUAAAAAAAUGUAGCUUACCAUAUUUUCUAGGAACAAAAGCAAACCCUAAAUACAGACGGCCACUCGUCCGUGACCCCAAAACCCCAACUUAGCUGUUUGUGAUUUAUUUGUACUGUAAGUUUUUGGAUUUUUUUUAUUAAUUAAGACUUGUGAUUCCUAGUUUUAAUGUUUUUUUUUUUUAUAUUUUUGAACCGAACAGUUGAUGGUGACCUUUGAGAGACUCGCACCGAUAAUCUACCGUGUAUGUGUACUUUCACUACAGGUAACUGCAACAUUGUAUGUACGAGGUGUAAGCGAAAUGUUCUCAGUUGAUCUCGAUUUUGCAAUAGUUAAUAGAAGGAACGGUGAAAAGUGUAAAUGCGUCUGCUACAAGUUUUGAAUGCAAAGUCAGUUCAAGUUACAUAUCUUUGCAAUUGUGGAAGAUAGAGGAACAAUGGAAAGUGCUUGAAAAAUGAACGAGAUAUUUUUUGAAAAACGAUUGACCAUUGCUCCUGAGCCUUCUUCACAGCAUUUCUUGACAUGCAUGAUCAUGAAAGAAAUGCUUAAUGGUUUUACAAUUAACAAUGUGCAUUCUAAAAAAAAAUGAUGGGCAGCUUGUCAACUAUUGCAUACGCAUGUAUGCAUAUAUUUUCAGCAAAUUGGAAAUAGCAAGUUAAAGUGGUAAAUAAUAGUAGGUAGUGAACAUGUAAGUCUCGAAUGACGGAAGCAGUUAUCUUCACUAUAUUCAAAUAAUUAUGUUAAUACACAUAUCAUCUUCAUUUACUAUUUUUCAAACAAAAACUAGUAGAUGCUAAUCCCUGAUUAUCAUAAUAUAAGUGAAAUAACUGGAAUUUGCAUUGGAAAAAUCUAACAUGUCAUGUUAUUACUGCCUAUUUGAAAACCUUCACCUGUGAUUAUAAUUCUACAUGAUCCUGAUCAAGUCAAGCACUUAUGGUGCUGUAUAAAUAUCAGAUUUACAUAUCACUAAUUCUCUUGUACGCAAGAAUACCUUGAAAAGUAAUGAACACAUGUAUCUUGCUGGAGAAGCCGAAGCCGAGCCUAAUUACCGCGGUACCAUUAUUGCUAUCAUGAAUCAGGUAUCGUGUUUAUAAUAUUUUUUGACUUCAGUAGGUUAUUGUUUGUACACCAGAAUAAAAAAUCAUCAUUCGACAUUUUCAAAUACGCAAUCAUAUCAGCGGCGGGUCCAUUUGGCACGUUUGAAAUUCGGUAGCUCAUAAAACAAGACUUAAAAGAGCAAACAUGGUGACGGAUGGUCGACGACCUGGCUUUUUCUACCGCUAUGUCAGCGGGCUUUGCUUUUCGGAGCUCUCCGCCUUGAUGCCACCACGCGAUGAACCUAUCAAACGGACCAGACAGAGUUCUGCCUUCCAUCCCAACUCUAUCGAACUCCGUGCAUCCAAAGCUAGCCGAUACGAUCGCUCCGUUGUUCCAAAGAUGUCAAGAGUGUGAACUAUCUGCCUGAAGAGUCUUUUUUCAGUUCUGCAACACAUAGGCAGUUUAAAAAUCGGCUCUGAGCUCUUUAUAGCAGUUCCUUUGCCGCGGUAUUGAGGUUUCUGUACCAGUAUAAAAGAGACCCCUUCGUGCCAAAUCUGAAACGAAUGGCUUUUUGGCAAUGUUUGGCCAUCCAGGUGCGUUUGGAUGGUUCUUUUGAGUUUUCGAUACCAGAUAAGCGGUAAUAGGUACGAAAACUUAUCUUGCACCCUCGUAUAAGAUUGUGCAAUACCUUGAGAUUUGAUAUUGUUAGUAACUAAGUGAACGACGAGUGUACAAAAACACUAUUAGAGAGAUUUGUACCUAACUGUGGGUUUGAAAGUGAGCUUAAAUGAAACUGAUUUAUUGCAUGGAUUAAAUAGCUAUUAGACCAGUCAACAUGGUAACGCCUCUUUAAAAAUUCUAGUGUUGACUCGGGAAUAUCUGAAACUAACAUCUUGUGCUAUACGUGUUGUAGCUCGCGAUCUGACAAGCAUAGUUAGGUCGAUCGCAAAUAACUGCUUUACCGUUCUAGAGUGACAGAGUAGCCAAAACGGUCGCCGUAAGACUGACGAUGAGAAAUGCCUAUGUUAACCGAAUGCCAAAUGAGGGUACAAAUUUACGAUUUUACAACAAAAUGUUUUAUAUGAAAUGAUAAAAGCUUUGCACAGUUCAUUCUUAACUGAUCAUAAACCUACCAAGAUAUUUUUAAUUAAUCUUUUCUAAUCUAUAUAAAAUAACUGGCACAACUGAAAUGAAGAUUAUUUACUAACCCCUUUCUUAUGUUCUGACGUUUCUCCUAUUUUGACCGUACUAUGAGCACAGCACGGGUUUUAGUUAUACAAUUUUUGCAUAAAUUACAGAUGCAAGGCGCAAUUUCCUAAUCAAAUAAACUGAAAAUUGGAUCCAGUAUAUUCGAAAUCAAAUCUACAUACCUAACGGAACUUUUUGUGCAAAGUUUUUUGUGUAGAUCUAGGAAUAAAUGGGUUUAGGUGAAAUUGCAACUGGUAAAGUUUGUUUUGAAAGGCAGCACUUACUUUCGAUAUCGAAUGUAAAAGGAAAAAAUGAAUUAACAAGGUGAGUUACAUUAAAUGACCGGAAAGCUUAAUUAGUUGAGAAAUAACAGUUUUUAUUUUUGGCUGCGUCGAACGUUAGCAUACUGGUAGAUUAGUCGAUAUAUACACUGGACGCCAAAAUAAGUGUGUCCCUGUUCAGGAUGUUUUUUCCUAACUAGGGAUGAGAGAUUGUUGGUAAAAAACUGGUUAUCUUACCAAUUACUUUAACCUGCAUCCUUUACGUGAAGCUAAAAUAAUUGGUUAAGCGGUUAAAUGAAAGUGACAGGUAUUUUUCGUAGAAAAGUUGUGAUGGGGGUAUGUACGUGGCUUAUAGCGUGUUCUUUUGAUAAAACUCGUUCAGGUUCCAUAUUCGAAACACACUGUUCUAACUCAUUCUGAAGUUUGGCCCCAAAAGAACAUAAAACAUGUGUUAUUGAGUAUCUCGUGCUCUCUCUCAAUGAAAAAUUUCGUUGAGCUAUAUUGCGCUGUUCAAAUUUUCGAAAAAGGAAAAAGAAAAUCAUGUGAAAAAUUGAUAUAAAAGUGUUUGUAUGCACAAGCAUAAACUAUAAAAUGUUAAACUAUUAACAGGUAACAACAGUAGCACGGAAAGCAAAAGUUUAACGACGAAGCAAGAGAGCAUGAAUGUACACACCGGUUCUAACAGGAGAACAUAAAGUAGGCACCAGCGCAACACCAUAGUUACGCCAAAAGGAAACGUUAUUACCGACAGUGUCGUGGAUCUACACUUGUGUCGUACACAUACACGAAAGACCACGUGUGCAGAGCUGCCAAAGUCGCUAACAACAAAAUAACACCUACGCUACCCAGGACGCCCCUAUUCAUGGUGAUUUUUCUAGACAGAAACAAAAACAAUUUUUGUCACAGCCGUUGAACUUUUUGAUCCGAUAACCGGUUAACCGUACAUUGUAAUAUAACCAAUUAAAACUGGUUAUUCGAUUUUAAAAAACGGUUAUUCCACUAACCGGUUACUUUGGCACAUCCCUACUCCUAACUCUGUAUUUCGAGAUAUAGCUCAACUAGAUAAGCGAAAUACUGUGUGUGUUUACAUUUGUUUUCCUCAUUACUACUAUUCGUCAUUAUUCGUCAGAGCGGUCCGGUGGACCUUUGCUCUUAGUUAAAAGUCUCGUCGGUCUGUUAGUCUGUCAGGUCUGGCUACCCAGAUACCAAACAUGUUUAAGCGGGAAAGUGAAAGCAGGAAAGAAAUGAAGGAAGAAAUAGAGCAAAGAAAAGAAGUAAGUCGUUUGAAAUAGCUUAAGCAUUAUUUCUUUGACUACUCGAAUUAUUUUGUAACUCCAAAAAAUUAUUUUGAUCGGUUUUGUGUACUGAAAUAAUUUUGGCUGGUCUGAAUUUACAAUUUAAUUUUGAUCACAGUGCGAGGCGCGGCCUGGAAUGUUUGCGAACUUGCUCGACUGUGUAGUUUACUGAAUCACGCAACAGAGGGUUGCUGUGCGAUUCCGCUUGAUUAUAACGCCACUGCGCCUGUUGUUUUACGUAAUCCCUUAAAUAUAGGAUGUCAAGAUCUCUGUGAAUAGUCUUAUUUGACACGUACCAAGGGGCGUUAGUAAUUGUGCGUAGGGUUCUGUUUUGCAGAACUUGCAGUCUCUGCAUGUGCGUUUUGGCAAGAAAGCACCAAGGCGCGCAUACGUAGGUGAUUUCGGGUCUUUGACCAUUUUAUACAACCGAAUCUUGUUGAUCAAACUUAAUUUUGAAUUUCUGCACAACAGACGAUAAAGCUGCCGAAAGGUGAUUUGGAAUUUUGUUUUCAAAAUAUCAGUAUGUUUCUGCCAGGUCAACCCCUUGUCAAUGAUGACUCUAAGAUACCUGACAGAUGAUAAAUGCAGGUUGUCUAUUGUACUUAGCCAUUCAAUGGCUGCGGAAAGAUCGCCUGCAAUGCCUGAUUGGCGCUAAUCAGGGGACUUAUUAUUUGUUGAAGGGACCUAAGCGCAGUUGCUAGGUCCACAUUCAGCGUGUUCAAAGUGGGUUAAACACAGGAGGCAGCUGAACAUGUUGAGACGGCUGCUUCCGCGUAUGACUUGCUGCGUCUUUGCGCUAUAACUUCCAGAUUUCGCCUGGGGGUGAAUCUGCAAGUGGGACUGUUAGCGGAAUGCGCUUCUCCACAGUUGGCAUACUUUCGCUCCUCUUGUCCUGUGAGGGGGCAUAAAUGUGUCAUGUGGUCGGAAGCACAUUUUAAACAUUUGGGAGGUGCUGUGCAGUAAGACUGCGCAUGACCAUACCUUUGGCAACGGUGACACUGCCCAGUAAGUCUAGAGUUCUUUUGAACUUCAACUCUGAUUGCUAGACCCAGCAGCUCAUGUUCAUUGAACAACUGCUGGGACUUUUCAAUCUUGGGCAGUAUCACGACCACCAAAGGCAUGGGUGCGCCGCCACUGCGUUUGAGUCGGAUAAUGUGGAGAGGAGUAUAUCCCCUCUGUUCUAAUUCCCCUUUGAUCUCCUGUUCCGAAAACAUUGCGGGUAUGCCUCUGACUACCGCGUGAAUAUUUCGUUCUGAAGGAAGAGGGAACGUACGAUGGGGCACGUCCUCAUCCCUGAACAGGCGAACGAUUCUUCGGUAAUCAUCUUCAGUUUUCGGUAAAAUCCUGAUUCCCGCAUCAACGGCAACUGAGCGUUCUAUUUUAAUGCCUAAGCUUAUAAAGGUGUAGUUUAGAUGUCGCCACUUGGUCGCAUCACGCAAAACAAUGGGCGUGAUUCGCCCCUGGCGGGGUGCUGUGCUGGUCAACUUUACUGUUUUGAUCCCUAACUGUCUCAGUCAGCUCCUAUAUUUGCUGGGCCUGGCUUUCGAUGCUCAGGGUCUGGCGCUGGAUGGUUCUGUCCUUUUCGUCUGCUACAGCUGGUGUCAUCAAUUUCUUUGAUUUCAUGGUCUCAGUCAGCUCCUUUAUUUGCUGGGCCUGGCUUUCGAUGGUCAGGGUCUGGCGCUGGAUGGUUCCGUCCUUUUCGUCUGCUACAGCUGGUGCCAUCAAUUCCUUUGAUUUCUUGGUAAUUUCUGUUCUCUCCUUCUGGCUGGAUCCAUUCAUCAUCGGGGACGCUGGGGGAUCAUUACUUUGACCUCCAGAGUCUAUCUCCAUGUUUGUAAAUCGGGCUUUCUAUUGAAAAACUUGAAAACUUUCACGAGCAAAAAUAUGACGUAUUGUCGAUUAUCCCUUAUACAGCGCGAAUGUGUCUUUCUCAUUACCGUAGCGAGACGCAGACGUCAUACGUUCAGGUACAACUAUGACUGUGGGUCUUUUUGGUCUAUUUGAUACCUCUGCUACCGGCUUUUGUUCCGAAAUUCUUCUUUAAAAAGCAAAAAACAGCCCCGCCAAAGGAUAUCGUGGGAAAUGUGAGCCGCAAAAAUUUUUUGAGACACGGGAAAAUCUAGAAAAUAUUUUUGAAGGGUCCAUGUGAUGAAUUUGAAAUUACCCGAUUGGAUUGUGGUCUGUAAGUACUCAGAAUCCAUAUUCAGGAAUAAGUCCAUCAAAUUGAAAAAGGACGUUCAAGAUUUUUUUACUCAAAUAUUUCUGGGGGUCCGGAGAGUCAAAUGCUCCCUAAGGCGGCCAAAUCUCAAGCAUCCUGCCGGAAGUUUUAUAAGGCAAAACAUUUUUCCCAGAAAAACAUCAUAAUAUUAUAGGUAGUAGAAAAUUAUUGACUCAUUUGGAAUGCAGCUAUUUUCUCGAACAAAGGUAAAAAUAUUGUUAAAAUGUAAUCAAAAUAAUUUUCGAGGUGCAUUUUUCGUGUAUAGCGGUACAAACGGCAAAUAUACAAAUUACAUUCGAGAAGGACACAUAUAAGGUGCAUAAAAGCCGUAAUUUUUCAAAACUUACCCAAAAUGUUCUUGGUAAGGCCGAAUCAUUGAACCAAUCAACGAUUUCAUGCAUGUUCGUCUAAGAGUAAACUUUGUCGCAUCUGUACGCUAAGACUGUGUAUCGGAAAAAAGAUGCUAAAUUUAUGAAUCAUAGGGUGUUAUGUCUAUUCAUAUUGUUACCCAAUAUUUGAACGCAACCGUUUCGGUGACUUUUCUGCAAUCUUGCGGCGCAAUUCGAGAAAGCGAAGUGAAAAUUCAUAAAGAGGAUAUCGAAAUCUAUAAUUUUAUAGGUAUGAUUAACGAAUGGUUGUACUGAGUAAACUUAUAAAACAUAUGAUGUGGGUGCCAGAAUUAACUUAUGUCAAGUCCACUUGUAGUAUGCACUUUCUUCCUGACUACAGACUAAGAUUUUGGAGUAAAACAAAUCGUAGGCUUGAUCCCUCUUCCUAGUCUGAAUUCCUUGGCUUGGGCUGACAAAAAUGUGCUUCAGAAUUAUAUAGUAGUGAUUUUCGGGUAGACAGGAUGUUUCUGACCGAUGUACCGUUGUUUCAGAACUUAGAUUGUAAUUCAGAAACGCCUUUGUAUUAUUAUGACCAACAUCCUGUGUAGUACUAUUUUACAAGCCAGAGCGUGGUCAAUCGAAUAUAAGUAUAUCAAUACAAAAUAACUUUGUGUACAUAUAUACUGCUUAUCGUAGAAAAUUAUAGCUGAGAUAACAUGGUCAACCAAUCAACUGUUUUGCCAUAUAAUAUUAGGCAAUUUACUGAUGCUUAUUUCAUCUGUGAUGAAACUUCUUGUGUUUUAUAUGUUACUGUUUUAGUUGUUAAGUACAUUAUUGUCAAAAAUCGGACACUGUAACCAAAAAUAUAUAAAAACCAUGAAUACCUAAAGGAUACAUGUGCCAUCUAUGCAGUUACAGAAAUAUUACACUCAUUUAACACUUGUCACACCUUAUACAUUAUUACACAGCUCCUCAAUUCUGUGAAAAUAGAUUGAAUUCUUAGGCGAAUAUCAACGACCGUGAUAGCUCGGCACUGGUUGUGAGAAGCUGCCAAGCGCAAUUCCAAACGGUUCCUUUUUCUCUUUAGUUGAAGUGAAAAUGAGCUGUCGAGAAUCCCUGCAUAAUAAGAUGGGUGUGUGUAGCAUUGUGUAAGAUGUGCAUUCGUUUCAAUAAAGUCAACAACGUGUUUUUAUUGGUGAUUGCUGAUUCUGUAUACUUAUAUUUUUGGUUCAGUCAUCCAAGUACAUUCCAAAAAGUUGUACCCCCGUUGCCUUGAUCUGGUAAUAUUAGAAUAUAUAAAUGGUAUUUUGCUGAAACAAAGAUAAAAUAAUUUGUUUCGAAAAUAUUGCAUGUAUUUUGGUAUCUAAAAUUUUUGCUAACUUGUCACAUGUGGAACAUAUAUUUAUUCUACAAUUUGUAUGAUACAUUCGAAAGCGAAUAAAUAUUUCAGAAAAA